AUGUAACAGCAAGAUUAAUAAUUCAAAACAGUGAAAGUGAAAUCAAAUUUUCAUCAAUUCCAAUUAUUACCUAAUCGUUAAAUCCAUCGAUAUAAAAUAGAAUUGACUAUUUAUUCAGAUAUUAAUGCAUAAAAAGCAAUAACAACUUAUAGAUAGAAGUUAACAGAAAGUUUGAAUACAUUUUAUUGUAUUAAUUUGAAUAUUUAUUCUCCAACAAAAAUUGCCACUUAAGUUUUAGGAGGAUUAAAUGAUGUUGAUGAGAUAUAAAAUGUUGCAACUUUAAAAUUUGUUGAAUCUGUUGAAGGAGGAAUAAAACUUUAAUAAAUAUUAGCAAGAAUUGUAAAGUAAAUAAUGAGUACACAAUAAGGAAUGGUUUAAAUAGGUAGAGAUAAAUUAUUUUGGCCAAAGAAAUCUCAUUCAUUUCAUGAUCAUAAGUUUGAAAUUUGGGAAGGUGUAUAAAUAGUAUAAAAAUAAUUUGGAGUUGUAAUAGAUUGUGCUUAUAAAAUAUUAAGAUAAAAUACAUUACUUGAUGAUCUUUCUAUUACUAAAGAAGUUGAUCGUUAUGAUGGAAUGAUAGUUAUGACAAAAUAUAAUUAAAAAUUUUAUAGAGUAGAUCUUAUAGAAACUGGGAUGUCUCCUAAAGAUAUUUUUAUUACUGAAAAUGGAGAAUAAACUACAUUUAAAGAGUAUUAUAAACAAAGAUAUAAUUUAAAAUUAAAUGAAAAAUAACCAUUAAUAAAGACUACUCUAAAAAUAAAAGGGAAAUAGGAAGAAAAAGUAAUUUAUUUAGUUCCAGAAUUAUGUUAAUUAACUGGAUUGAGUGAUAAUGUUAAAAGUGUAUAUAAUAUAAUAUUAUUUAGAAUUUUUCAGUAAUGAGAGAAGUUGCUAAAAUAACAAAACCAAAUGCAUAUGAUAGAAUAGAUUAAUCUGAAAAAUUUGCUAAAUAAAUAAAUUCAACAGUUAAAAAAGGAUCAAAUACUAAUUUAUUAGAUACUUGGGGUUUGAAAUUAAAUAGUGUAUCAAUGAAUGUUGAAGCUAAAACUGUUCGUCCUGGUUCAUUAAUUAUGGGUAAUGAAAAUAUUGAUUUAUCAUCUUCAAAUCUCAAUCUAGAUUAAUAGACAUAAAAAAAGAUGUAUUAAGUACCAGAAUAGAAAUUAGUAUGGGUUCUUAUUCAUUAUUAUAAAGAAAAAGGAUAAGAAGCCAAAAAAUUACUACUUGAAAAUAUGAAAUAAGCUAUUUCUGAAUAUUAAUUUUAUGGCUUUUACUCUUAACCAAUUAUAAGAUAAUUAUAGGAAGAGAGAGAUAAGGCAUUAUUAUAAUUAUGUGAUGACUUAUAUAAAGAAUCUGAAUAAAAAUAGUAAAAGAUAGAAUUCAUAAUCUUCUUAUUACCAGGUUAAAAAAAGAAUAGUCGUUUAUAUAGAUGUGCUAAAUUUAUAUCCUUAUAAAAGAUAGGUUGUCCAAGUUAAGUUGUCUUAGAAGAUACUUUAACAAAAAAUACUCGAUCUAUAGUUAAUAAAAUAAUGGUUUAAAUUUGUGCAAAAUUAGGAGGUGUUCCAUGGGCUAUUGAUAAAUUACCUAAACUCUUUUAAUAAUAGCAUACUAUGAUAUGUGCAGCUGAAUGUUAUGAUAGAUUACAUCAAACUAAACAUUUAGCCUUUUGUUCAACUGUUGAUAAAAAUAUGACUAAAUACCAUAGUCAAAUAUAAAAAGGGGCUGAUUACAAAGGUGAUAAUUUAAAGAAAAGUUUAAUCAAAGCUAUGGAAGUUUACAAAGAAAAAAAUACUGUUUUUCCACAAAUAAUAAUUAUUUACAGAGAUGGUGUUUCAGAUGGUCAAAUACCUGUAGUUCUUGGAGAUGAAUUUCCUUAAUAUGAUUAGGCAAUCAAAUAGAUAAAUCCUUAAAGUAAAUUAGUUCUUGUUAUUUGUAAUAAAAGAGUAGCAGGAAAGUUCUAUCAAGCAGGACAUAGACCUGAUAAUCCUGCAUCAGGAACAAUUGUUGAUAGUAAGGAAAUUUGUGAAGGAUAAUAACCAAACUUUUAUUUGAUCUCUUAAAUGACCAGAUAAGGUACGUCUUAACCAACACUUUAUAAGAUAUUGCAUUCAGAUAUACCUAAUAUUGAAAAUGAUAUCAAAGUUCUUACAUAUAAAUUAUGUUGGUUGUAUUAUAACUUUGCUGGUCCAAUAAAGAUUCCUGCUCCUGUUAGAUAUGCUCAUUGUUUAUGUGAAUUUAUUGGUUCCAGAUAUUAAAGAACUGAUAAGGAUCCUUUCAUUCCUGUAGAGGAAUUAGUUAAAAAAGGAGUAUUAUUUUACAUUUGA